AUGUCAUUCAGUAGGGAAUCCGAUGCGAAGCUGAAAUUUAAAGUCUCUGGGAAAUUAAAAGUUUCCCCGACAUUCGAAGCCAUGAAUUUAAAAGAUGACCUACUACGAGGUAUAUAUUCAUAUGGGUUUGAAGCACCAUCCGCAAUUCAAUCCAGAGCUAUCUCACAAAUCAUCUCUGGUCGUGACGUGAUCGCACAAGCACAGUCAGGCACUGGUAAGACCGCUACUUUCACCAUUGGAAUGUUACAGGUUUUAGAUUUCAAAUCCAAAGAGUUGCAAAGUAUGGUCUUGUCGCCCACCCGUGAACUUGCCACGCAAAUCUCUCAAGUCGUCGGUAAUUUAGGAGACUAUAUGAAUAUUUCGGCUCACGCGGUUACCGGUGGGAAAACCAUGCAAGUGGAUCAAAAGAAACUUGCGCAAGGAUGCCAUGUGGUUAGUGGUACACCCGGUAGAGUGCUCGAUAUGAUUAAAAGACGUAUUUUAAAUACCCGGCAUUUGAAAAUGCUGGUACUGGACGAAGCAGAUGAAUUGUUAAGCGAGACUCUAGGUUUCAAACAACAAAUUUACGAUAUUUUUGCUAAAUUACCCACUUCCGUACAAGUGGUGGUGGUAAGUGCAACCAUGAGUCGAGACAUUUUAGAAAUCACCAAAAAAUUCAUGAGCAACCCGGUCAAAAUAUUGGUUAAACAAAAUGAGAUUUCUUUAGAAGGUAUAAAACAAUACCAUGUUAACGUGGAUCGUGAAGAGUGGAAAUUCGAUACCCUUUGCGAUCUUUACGAUUCACUUACAAUUACCCAAUGUGUGAUUUUCUGCAAUACCAAAAAAGUAGUGGAUUGGUUAUCCUCGAAACUGGGACAAGCCAAUUUUGCAGUAGCGUCUAUGCAUGGAGAUAUGAAACAAGAAGAUCGAGACCGAGUCAUGAAUGAUUUUAGAUCCGGAACUUCACGAGUUUUAAUUUCAACCGAUGUUUGGGCUCGCGGUAUCGACGUACAACAAGUGUCUUUAGUGAUUAAUUACGACCUACCAGAGCACUUGGAAAAUUAUAUCCACCGUAUUGGGCGAAGUGGGAGAUUCGGUCGUAAAGGUGUCGCUAUCAACUUCAUAACUCGCGACGAUACCAAAAAAUUGAAGGAAAUUGAAAAGCAUUAUAGCGUUAAGAUCAAAGCCAUGCCUGCCAACGUUCAGGACAUGUAG